GCAAUGUUGCUUAGAACUUCCAUCUCUAACACCAAAAGGUUCUUUCAGAGAACCAUAGAGAGUGUCAAGUCUUUGUUUUCUUGUGCCAAGUACCAGAAGCUACCAAAAUCAAAGAAUUAUCCCCACAACAACCCGUACAGACCCCAUCCUUAUGUUACUGUUCGAGGAGCUGGCAUGAUCGAUAAUGUCCAAACAACCAGCAAAUUUAAUGAUCUGGAUAAUUUUUACGCGAACUACACGAAGGGAGGGAAUAAGAAGAAGAAGAAGGAGAAGACGAGUGCUGUUACUCCGGUGAAGAGGAAUCAUAAUCAAAAACAGAGUCGAAUUUAUGGGAUCAGCGAGGGAAGGAGUUGUUUGGUUGCGGAGAAGCUGAAGGAGCUAGAGAUGAUAGACAAAAGCAAUGUGGAUCAUUUGCUGGACAUUGAAGAGGUGGUUCAUUACUAUUCUCGGCUUACAUGUCCUGCCUAUCUCGACAUUGUGGACACCUUUUUCUUUGACAUGUGCUCUGAAUUCUUUACUUCUAAAUAAGACUACUUAUCAAUCUUUGUAAU